UGAAUCCCAAACCCAAGACCUUCCAGCCGAGACCAGGAGGAGCAGCACCCAUUUCCUUUUAACUCUUACUCCGCAAACACUUUGGCAUUCUGUUGCACUUGGGCUCUUGCUUUGGGCAAACUCUUUUUUUCUUUCUCUCCCUCUGUUUCUCUUUCUUUCUCUGGCUCUGUUUCUUUCUCUCGUGUUUUCCUCCUCCGCUCUCCACUGUUCCAGUAAUUUUGUCAGCAUGCAGCUUCUGGCCGGCGUGGUGAAUUUUCUGCUGGUGCUGCACAGUGUCAGAGCAGCUUCUGUGCUCCCAGUAGAAGAGAGGAGCCCCAUGCACCCCAGGGAGCUGAAUAAGGAGCGGAAGGAGCUGAUCUUGAAUCUGGUGUCAGGUCUGCUGGAUGAGGUGAACAAGAGUACACCAACUGGGGAGCUUUUCCCCUUCGAAGUGGAGGAGCCCCUGGAGUCCCGGCUGGAGGAGCGGAGAGCGAUCUACAACCGGCUAGCACAGCUGCCCCAGAGAGACCGCAAAGCCCCCUGCAAGAACUUCUUCUGGAAGACUUUCACAUCGUGCUAACAGUGCUAAACUCCUGACAAGUUGCCCAUCCAAACAACCACCUCCUCCUCCUAGAAAACCCAACAUGAACUGUCUACACCUUCACUAUACACACCAUCAGCACAGUCAGAAAGAAGGGUCUCUGGACUUUAUUGAUGCAGCUGGUUUGUUAAAGAUAUCAAUGAUUAUAUUUAUCUAUUUAUUGAUCUACUUAUUUAAUUUUAUUUUUUUAAUGUAUUGACUGAUCUGUUUUGGAGCAUCUCAAACCAACAAAGCAUGGUUAAGAUAUUUGCUUUUUGAUAAGGGAUGUUUCAUUCUUUGUGGUCAACUCCCCCCAAAAAGCAUUAGAUCAUUUUAUCCCAAUGGAUAAAUAAACAUAUUACUGAUCACGUGGUCACAUGCUUUGUCUUUUUAUGUUGUGAGACUGAAGAGAAGAACAUUAAAAUUUUUGGGCAUGCUAA